GAGAGGUGAGAGUUGGUUCCUCCUCUAUAUAAAACUCAAACAUGAGCGAUGCUUGUCACCAUUCACAUCAAAACAAAACCCAGGUUUCAUAGUAAUCAGAUCUGUGAGUUAUACCUGUCAGCUGAGCAAUGAAAAGAGAAAGAGAAAGUGUAGAGAUUCAGGGGUUUGACAUUGCUAAAUGUCUAAUGCUGCUAUCUCAGGGCCUCCAAACCAAGCCUAAGGAGCAUUCGGUGAGCGAGGUUUUCGAGUGCAAAACUUGUCACCGUUGCUUCCCAUCCUUCCAAGCAUUGGGAGGUCACCGGGCUAGCCACAAGAGACCCAAACUAAUGGGGGACAAACCAAAUGAAACAACACAAUUCCUUAGUUUAUCAACCAAGCCUAAGACUCAUGAGUGCUCCAUUUGCGGCCAAGAGUUUUCAAUGGGGCAAGCUUUGGGUGGCCAUAUGAGGAGGCAUCGAGCUGCCAUGAACGAAAGCUUCUCGCCGUUUCCGCUUGUCCCGACAGUACCGGUGUUGAAGAGAUCGAAUAGCAGUCGGAGGGUUGUUUGCUUGGACUUGAAUUUGACUCCUUUGGAGAACGAUUUGCAAGUUCUAUUUGGGAACAAGGCUCCCAAGGUUGAUCUUUGCAUUUGAUACAAUACCAUCCAUUCAAAUGCUUUUUCUUCUUCUUCUUUUGUGUUCUAUUCUUUAAUUUGUUUUCAUUUGUUCGUAGAUCUAAUCUAAUCUUUUAAUAAUAUUACAUUCAUUUCUUCCCAUCAA